GGGACGCUGCUCAAACCCAUCCACCCGACCGCCUCGUGUGUCGGUUAGUAUUCCUCACAUAACUCACAUUACACGCACAAUCCCGUCCUCCGCGUGAACAGGCGCGAUGAGCGUCGAGCUCAUUCUAACAGGUGGUGAGCGAUUUCAGGUGGAGCGGCAGUUCAUUCACUGAGCCGACCGGCGCGCGAGCUUCAACGAACGCUGAGAGAAUCACUUGCUCCUCAUUAUUUAGACUCCUGUGUGUAUUAACACAUCCUAAUCGUCGUAUUUAGGUUAUUUAGGCGAUGGACUGUUUGUUUUAAUUAGCCCUCAGCUUACAGGUGGGCGAAAGCCGUUUGUAGGACGGCCCCUCUUUCAGUUCCUCAACAGGAGACGCGGGACUGUCAUUUGUUUGCCAUCCUGUGGGACAGAAGAAACGGCUCCGUUAACAGGUGCGAGGUUUGACAAACACACCGCGAUUUGAAGAGUAUUUUCAUUUGUAUUCGCGGUAAAUUAGAAGCUAUAUCUACAUAUUUAACAUUUUUACAAAGCCUCUUUCGUUCCGGAGGAGGACCGACAAAGCCAUGUCAACCAAAAAACGGAUGGAUUUAACGAGAAGGAGCCGAAGCCCCGCGGUGUCCGAGGCGGAGAUGUUUGGUGAUUUUCAGGAGUGGUGCCUUCGCACUUACGGGGACUCCGGCAAAACAAAGACCGUCACCCGGCGAAAAUACAACAAAAUUCUGCAGACCCUCUUACAGAGCGACGACUCGGAGGGCGUCUAUAUCGAGAGCAACCACAUCAACGCCAAAUUUAAGUUCUGGGUGAAAUCCAAAGGUUUCCAGGUGGGCAACACUGACGGCGAGCCGAACGAGAACGGGGCAGCGGACAGACCGGUCCUGUACGUCCCCAUCAAAGCAACGUGUGUGGACGGGGGCUCAGGAUCAGAGAGCUCCUCUCUGAAGAGGGUCGCUGUGGUGGAGGACUUCUAUGAUAUCAUCUAUGCCAUGCACGUGGAGAUCAGCUCCGACCCAGCCAAAACACCCAAACACGCCGGGCAGAAGAAAACGUAUAAAGCGAUAGCGGAGACGUAUGCGUUUCUGCCCAGAGAGGCGGUGACCCGUUUCCUGAUGAGCUGUGGAGAAUGUCAGAAGAGGAUGCACAUCAGCCCCAGCGGAGCAGAGUUCAAAGAGAAUAACCAACCAACAUCUCUGGCGGCCGACCUCAUAGACUACAACAUGCCCCUCACGACAACAUACCUGAAACAGAAGAAACUACAGUGCAUGAACAACAACAACGAACAGGAUGAGUGUUCAGUGAGUAGUGAGGAGUUUGAUAUGAGUGACCCCACAUGGAUAUCAGCUGAACGUCACACCACACUGUCUGACCUGAACCACCCCUCCAGCGCAGAUAGGAUGCACAGCCCACAAAACACACACAAGGAAGAGGACGAUGAUUCAUCUUCAGAAAGUGGGAGUGGCAAUGGGAUUCACACGCUGACUCCUCCCUCAGUAGGUGCGGCCGGUGUGAGCGACAGUACAGGGACAGGACCUGGAUCGGGCUCGUACACCGAGGUUAACGGCAACGGUACCGCGGCUCCACUCGACUUCAGCACGACUUCCUCGUCCUCAUCCUUAGAGGACCAGCAACCAGCCAACCUCAGCGACAGACUGAGCCAGGCCCUGCCCAGUGCUGCCGCCAUGCUGGCGACCUUUAACCCCGAGCAAGCAGAAGAGCUGCGCAGAAAAUACCCCAAAUCCUCAGAGCUACGCCUUGACCGAGACAUCAGGGACUAUAACAACAAGUCUCCUCAAUACAGUUCAGGCAGCUAUGAUUCAAUAAAAAUGGAGAUAUGUGCUGAAGAUCUGACUGUUGGCCGGUCUCAGGCGGCUGAUGAUGAUGACGAUGACCAUGAUGACCACGACGAUAGCGAUAAGAUCAAUGAUGUAGAAGGAGUGGAUCCAGAGAGGUUGAAGGCCUUUAAUAUGUUUGUGCGUCUCUUUGUGGAUGAGAACCUGGACCGUAUGGUGCCAAUCUCUAAACAGCCUAAAGAGAAGAUCCAGGCCAUUAUUGAAUCCUGCAGCCGUCAGUUCCCAGAGUUCCAGGAGCGUGCUCGCAAACGCAUCCGCACCUACCUCAAAUCCUGCCGCCGCAUGAAGAAAAAUGGCAUGGAGACUCGACCCACGCCACCCCACCUGACCUCAGCCAUGGCUGAAAACAUUCUAGCAGCUGCCUGUGAGAGCGAAUCACGCAAAGCUGCCAAAAGAAUGCGCAUGGAUGUCUACCAGGCGCACGAGGACCCAGUAUCUCUGGAAAAGGCGGUCUCUCGUGAGCCGGUUUCACUGACCCACUCUGCAUACUCCCUUGCUGCAUCAGCCUACUCCCAGGACCAGCUAUACAUCAAUGGAGGCCUCAACUACAGUUACCGAGGUUACGGUGGACUGUGCGCCAGCAUGCAACACCCUGUGUCCCUGACAACAGCUACCGCCCAGACCAAUGGGCCUACUGAUCUCAGUAUGAAGUCUCUGGCAUCGAAUUCGUCCUCGUCAAGCUCCAGUAGUCUCGGCAGGAAUGGAGGAGGGGGCGGGGCUUCAGCUCAGCUCAGCCAUACAGAGGUAGCAGCGGUGCGUCAGCUGAUCGCGGGAUACCGUGAGUCCGCGGCCUUCCUGCUACGAUCAGCAGAUGAGCUGGAGAACCUCAUACUGCAACAGAACUGAACCGAUCUUCAGCGCUCUCUCUGUCUACAUCAACCCUCGUCCCUCUGGACCGCAUAACUGACUGUGUCCCUCACAUGAUCAUCAUCCUCAUUGUCAUAGGUUUUCCGGUCACCAAGGAAAACCAUCUGGCUCUUAAAAAUGUUAGAAGAGAGAGAAAACACAGCUUCAUCAAGCUUUUGCUUUCAUGUCGCUUCAGUGAGAAUGACCGACAGAUGAAGAGGAUAAACAUGGAGAUGAAUCUCUGAAGGACACUGCAGUGCUGAAGCGGACGGUUCGAUGUAUCCUCCGCGUUCUGCUCCUGCAUUUCAUGCCUUCUCCACAGCCUCCCUCCGUUCGUUCUGCCUCCAUGCCCCUCUGAGAGCCAUUGAUUUCCGAUUUUCUUUGUUUUUAGCUACUUCAAAGGAGGAAUUACGGCGCGCCAAUCCUCCAGACAGCACUAACUAAAUGAAGACACUUUUGAUUUGGAGGUGUAAUGGAAAGAAAGAAGAGAAAAAGAGCAAGAAAAAAACAACUAAGAGACCUUUGUAUUUGCUGUAAAUAAGCACUCGCUGUGUCCUGAAGCACUUUUCCAUUCGUUCUGACCUCUGAAUCAUUAAUUUAUGCAUUUAGAUACGCAGGUGGAAGCUCACCUGGAAAUACCUCAGCCUGUCUGUCCUGCUCUCUCUCUCCCAGCGUGUCCCUCUGUAUGUGGGAGAAGAAAAUUAUCACCUGUCCAUCCUCCACUUCACGGUCCACUGAUUUGGGCAUCGAAAGUGGAGAGUGGGAGUGAAUUUGUUCCUGUAAUUGAAGUGCAGAUUUUCUUCAAAUGUAUAUAUCCCGAUUCCAUUUCAAGGUAUUGAUUGCAAAAAUACACUGGACUUGUUUUGGGACUGGACCCUUCCUAAUGGAUUUAAACCCUUUGGUUUCACAGAUGCCAACUCUCUACAUGUCUUCUGUACGUGUCACCUCCCGCUCUCCUCUUCUUUAUGUGUCCUUCCAUUUCUCCUGUACGUCCUCUCCUCCUCCACCUUAUUAUUCUACUUUGGAGGGAGAUGGAGAGGAAGGAUCCGGGAUGGAAGCUGUUAGUCUUUUAUCUGUUGACUUUUCUUAAUGGCCAUUAAUCCACUCUGCUGCUAUGGACUCCAAUGUAACGCCACAAACCUGAAACCUCAAGCCUCCCAAACACAACCAGAGCACCUCAAGGUGAAACAACAAGGCAAAAAAAAAAAAAAAUCUAAAUGGAAGCCAAAUCCAGAAGAAAGCCGUUUUGCAUUCUGGUCGAGGGUGUUUGAUUUAAUACUGAGGGCUGCUUGUGUUUGCUUUUGUUUGAUUUGUUUUAAAAGCGCGGUGUGUGCUUAAAUCUCAACUGGGAUCAAAUCAUUGGCACAAGAGCUUGGCGCGCACACACACGAACACGCAUACGACACAGACAGACAUGCUAAAGGGUCUUUAGUGAACUGAAUAUAGCAGGAGAGGUUUAAAAAUGUGUAGUUAGCGAGGUAGAUUUGGUUAGGGACUGACUGACAGUAAUGUCACUGUAAUUUGCUCCAUUUUGCACACAGAGGCAGUGCUAAUCUAUGAUUGAGGAGCUCGGCGGCUCCGUGUUGCACUGCUAGUGGGGGAUGGAGAAAGAAUAUCGCAAUGCAGAAGAUAAUCAAACACAUUUCUGGCCCUAAAGGAGACAGACCAAUACAGAGAGGCUACCAUGGCCCCCGCUGAGAAGCCUUUAGAAUCAUUACAUGCAUGAUCACGUGACCGGGACCUACAUAUGAUUGAAAGCCAUGAUGAUGAGUGAGUGUGACUGGAGACUACACUGCUCUCUUAAGACAUAUUUGUGUGCAAUUUUGACACCCCCGUUCAAAACAACAGUACAAAUACAGAAGUAAUGAUUUCUUCUUAAUGUAUUAUAUUUAUGGUAGACCUUCACAGUCCAGCCUCCUACUGCGAUAUUGAUUUGUUAAUUAGAAUGUUGCUAUAGAUGUGAAUAUAUAUGCAAAAUUGUCAGCGUGAGGCUUGUACUCACUGUGCGUGAUCUAUUUAACAUUGAUCUCAUCAUAAAUGGUCCUUGACCUCUUGUCAUCUCUGACUGCCUUCGCUGUUUCUUUUACUUCAUUUCAGGAGAGAACGUGAUAAGGCAAUUUUUUAAAGGGUAGAAUCCAUUUUGCUUCACCCCCAGAUAAAAAUAAAUAAAAUAAGAAAUUAUAUUUUGCAUUAAGAAAAUGAAGUCUGCUUGUAGAACCAAGACUUUUUAAUUGUGACAUUAUUUUGAUGUCAAUCAAGCACAUUUUCCACCCAAAUUCUCAUUACCUUAAUGCUUCCUAAAAUUUCACUUUUUUAAUUUUUUUCAUUAGAACAAUGGUGUUAAAUCAUGUAAUUUAUCAUUUCAAUUUUUUUUCAUUUAUUACAGUACAAAAAUUACAGUAAAAAUACUGUAAUACAUUUUUUAUUAAAUUGCAUCUACAUUAUAAAAAGAUUACAAAUAUUACUAAAAUGUUUAAAUAUAAUUUCAAUAUAGCAGAAUAAGUUACAUAUAUUAAAUAUAAGAAUAUUAUUUUUUUGCAUUACGCUAAUGAGAAUUGUGGAGAAAUAUGCUUAAGUCAUGCAAAAAAAUAUUAUUGACCUAACGAUAGUUUUCAUUUUCACAAAACACAAUUUCUGAUUUUAUUAUUUUGAUUUUUGGAGUGAAAUUUAAAGGGUUAUUUCACCCAAAAAUGAAAAUUCUAUCAUUAAUUACUCACCCUCAUGUCGUUCUACACCCGUAAGACCUUCGUUCAUCUUCAGAACACAAUUUAAGAUAUUUUUGAUAAAAUCCGAUGGUUCAGUGAGGCCUCUAUUGACAGUUGAAGUUAAUUUACACUUUCAAACACCCAGAAAGGUACUAAA